CCACCCAACCAGGACCCAGACCCUUCCCUGGUCUACCAGCCUGAUAUGGGGCCAGAGGCGGCCAAAGACAGGGGCAGCUUCCGAAACUACAUGUCCGGCCCUCUCCUGGACCGUGUCUUCACCACCUACAAGCUUAUGCACACGUGGCAGACCGUGGACUUCGUCAGGAGGAAGCAUGCCCAGUUUGGGAGCUUCUCCUAUAAGAGAAUGACUGUCAUGGAGGCUGUGGACAUGCUGGAUGCGCUGGUGGACGAGUCGGACCCCGACGUGGACUUCCCCAACUCCUUCCACGCCUUCCAGACGGCCGAGGGCAUCCGGAAGGCCCAUCCCGACAAGGACUGGUUCCACCUCGCCGGGCUCCUGCAUGACCUGGGGAAGGUCCUGGCUCUGGCAGGGGAGCCCCAGUGGGCAGUCGUUGGAGACACCUUCCCAGUUGGCUGCCGUCCCCAAAGCUCUGUGCUUUUCUGGGACUCUACCUUCCAGGACAAUCCUGACCUCCAGGACCCUCUGUACAGCACAGAGCUUGGCAUGUACCAGCCCCACUGUGGGCUCGAGAACGUCCUCAUGUCCUGGGGCCAUGACGAGUACAUGUACCAGAUGAUGAAGUUCAACAAAUUCUCCCUCCCACCGGAGGCCUUCUACAUCGUCCGGUUCCACUCCUUCUACCCGUGGCACACGGGCGGCGACUACCAGCAGCUGUGCGACGAGCAGGACUUGGCCAUGCUGCCCUGGGUGCAGGAGUUCAACAAGUUCGAUCUCUACACCAAGAGCUCUGACCUGCCAGAUGUGGACAAGCUGCGGCCCUACUACCAGGGGCUCAUUGACAAGUACUGCCCCGGUGUCCUCCACUGGUGACCGGCCUGCCCACCCUGCCCACACCCAGCUGGGUGCCCUGGGGUGACAGCCACUGUCAGGCACAGUGACGACCCACCCUGGCCUUUCUAGGGGACCCCACAUACCCACCUGCAUUCCCUGCCCCGUUGGCCCCUCUCCCUGGUUGCAAUAAAGACUUUGAAGCAGCUCGUGAGUCUGACCCUCAAACCCUCACUGAGACCGAGGCGUGUCGUGGCAGGGCAGUCACUUGGGGGGGCGGGGGGCGGGACAGGCAAGUCCGCGAUCUCGUGGACACGCGUGCCCGGCCAUUUCUGCCGCCAUAAGCAUCUUGCUCGUCCUCCAGCUCUGGCGUCAGAACCUGGGGUCACCCUGCCCACCUCCACAUUCUGAAAACAGCCACUGAGUCCUCUGGGCUCAGUCCCCUUAAAGAUGACAAUACAAAAUACCUGAUAGCUAGAAGAACGCACUACAGGAAACAUCAUGAUAAAUGCUCAGGUUAACUGCCAUGAACACGACCCACGAAAACACGCCAAGAAACCCU